AUGCACAGGAUCACACUUGCGAAGGAGUCUAGCUGCACCAUGAACAGUCACGGCGGCAAUGGAGGUGGCAGUGGUGGCGGUGGUGGUGGUAGUGGUGGAGGGAGAAGCGGCACAGGUGAUGGGAGGUGGGACUUCCGUUGGGGAUCAGGUAAUUCUGCAGAUGGAAGGUGGGACUACCGUUGGGGUGUAGGUUCAGGCCCUGGGGGCACUUGGGGUUUUGGCUCUGGUGCUGGCCGGUCUGGUGAAGGUGGUGGCGGAUUUGGGUUCGGAUGGGGCAGCUCCACUUCAACUAAUGGUGGUAGUGCUGGUUUUGGUUCUGGAAGCGGUGGUGGUGGCGGUGGCGGUGGCGGUGGCGGUUCUGGCUUUGGAUUUGGGCGUGGUGGUGGGUUUAGUGAUUGUGGUGCCAAUUUUAAUGGGAUGUUUGGGUUUGGGAGAGGCUAUGGUAGUCCAAACCCAGCAAGGCCUGAAGAUGGCAAUAACAACAACGAUGUUAAUAAUAACAGACCUGGGUCCAGGACCUCCAGGUAG